UUGACAUGAAUAUUUUUACAUCUAUAUGAUUCAAUUCUGAAGAAACUAAGCAAAUUCAGCAGCUAUAUGUAGCAUGGUGAAGAAGAAGGCUUCAGCGCAUCCUCUGUUCAUGAGCACCAUACAAAUAUCUGCCUCCCAAGCUCUACUCAUCACAUGCCUUCUGCUUUUCGAUGUUAGCAGAUUAGCUUCUGCAAGAUGUCGGCCUUUCUCUUGUGGAGCUCUGCAGGACAUCGGUUAUCCGUUCCGCUCGAAGGGCGACCCCGACAAAUGCGGCGAUCGUCGAUUUCAGCUUGCCUGCGUGGAUGGUAACAAGACUGUCUGGGAUAUCCACCAAGCUGGGACAUACUACGUUACCGAGAUCUCGAAGAUCAACCGAAAUUUCUUUGGUUACCGAUAUAACAAUUUCACAGUUGUCGAUGCCAACUUGGCUAACGGCAGCAACUGCAGUCUUCCCUCGCAGUCUCUUUCCCGCACCAGCAUCGAGAGCAUGGGAUUCAAUAUAUACGAGUUUACGUGGGCGACCUUCGUGAGCUGUACGAGGAUGAUAGUGAACAGCACAUAUAACCCUGUUCCUUGUUUGAGCAAGACCGGUGCAUUUGUGUAUGUUAUAUUUUCAUGGAGGGCGCUUCAUUUGGACUAUGCGGAGCGUCUUUGUAGCUUCUUAGCGAUGACUCCGAUUACGUUGGAUCCAGAACGAAUGCAGGUGAUGAAUGGAAACAUUUACUCGCUGGAGCAUCCCACAACAGAAUACGUCUUCCAGCUCCUGAAGCGCGGAUUUCCGGUUCCACUUGAAACAUAUCUCCCGAAAUCAGUUGGUGAUUGUCUAAAGGACAGUGCAAAGGUCGCUUGGCCGUAUAUGUACGGAGGUGGGAUACUCUCUCCGAGAUUCUUCUUUGCUUAUAGCGGAGUGACUUUGAUAGGAUGUAUGGAAGACACUCACAACCGCCUUUCACAAUGGGUUUCGGUUCUCUUGUUGGCAUUAGAUUCUGCCGGACAAAUUUUGACAACUCUCUUAUUUCUCUGCAGAUUCAUUAUUGCGCCGUUGGCAAUAUUCCUCUUCUUGGCGCACAAGUUGUGGAGAGAAAAGAAAUCAGUGGACGCGGUCGAGAAGUUCCUUCGGAGCCAGAGGGCGCUCGCACCGACAAGGUACGCAUAUACCGACCUCAUUGCGAUCACGGGCCACUUCAGAGAAAAGCUCGGCCAAGGCGGUUAUGGUUCCGUAUUCAAAGGUGUUUUCCCCGGCGGCGUGCUUGUAGCAGUGAAGAUGUUGUUAACCAAUUCUAAAUGCAACGGGGAAGAGUUCAUCAACGAGGUCUCUACCAUUGGUAGGAUCCAUCACGUCAACGUGAUAAAGCUCGUCGGGUUCUGUUCCGAGGGAACGAAGAGGGCCCUCGUCUAUGAGUACAUGCCUAACGGAUCGCUCGACAAGCACAUCUUCUCUACCAAUGGAAUCGCUGGUCGGCGAACAUUCAAGUGGGACAAACUCCAUGACAUAGCCUUGGGAAUCGCCCAUGGCAUCAACUACUUGCACCAGGGAUGCGAUAAGAGAAUUUUGCACUUCGACAUCAAGCCACAGAAUAUCCUCUUAGACCGAAACUUCACUCCAAAGGUUUCGGAUUUCGGGCUAGCAAAAUUGUACCCAAAGGACACAAGUCUUGUAUCGAUGAGUACUACUAGAGGAACAACAGGAUACAUUGCACCUGAAUUGAUUUCGAGGAGCUUCGGCAUUAUAUCUCACAAAUCUGACGUCUACAGCUUCGGAAUGCUACUGAUGGAGAUGGCGGGAGGAAGAAGGAAUGCUGACCCUCGGGCUGAGAAUUCAAGCCAGGCUUAUUAUCCUUCGUGGAUAUACGAUCGAUUAACCCAACCUGAAAUAAGUGAAAUAACCACCACUUUUGAUAUUUCGGAGGGGGAGCGGAAGUUGUGCAUUGUUGGAUUGUGGUGUAUUCAGAUAAGACCCUUGGCUCGCCCUGCCAUGAGUAAAGUUAUAGAAAUGCUAGAGGCAGAUGUUGGAACCCUUGAAAUGCCGCCGAAGCCUUUCUUCUCUUCAGAAGAGCCGAUCCCCACCAUUAGCGUAAGUUGCUUGGGUUCUUCCUUGGAGCUUCCUUCCAUAUCAGAAGAUGAGUGACGAAAAAAUUGAACAGAAAUUUAUUCAGCAACAAUAAAGAGCUAGGAAAGAGUGAAUCCAUGAGAGUGCUUUGAGAUCUGAUGAACAUCAAAAUGUGAUCACAAUAGAUGCUCCUCUGAUCUUAACAAUAUAAAUAGAAUGGCCAAAUAGGUACGAGUAUAAAGGGCCUUGUAUUUACAUAACAAAUCAUAUAUAAUUACAGUCGAUGUGGUCACAAAAGCAUAAGACAUGAAUUCUGCAUACAUUACAAUCUCUUCGAGAGUCGUAGUGUUUUGAAAAGGAAUUAUUUGAAGAGGACUUUCUCCACCUCCUCCAGUAAACAAAAUGCCUACAGAUUCCGACUUCAAGAGCACUAAUGCAACAAGCAAGCUGGAUUAUCUCACCCACCAAAACUAAUGCAUGCACGAUGAAAACAUUAGCGAAUGUAAGACCAUAUCUUGAAACUUUGAUGUAUGUAGCGACCAACUUAUAAAGCGAUGGUAUAGUAAUUUGUAAUUUUC